AUGCACCAUGGUUGGGUGCUGAGCUCUGCACUAUGUGUGGCCCUUUUGGUGCGAGGAGAGGAAGGGCAGGAAGGUCGAAAGGCCUGGCAGCUUCUUUGGCGUGCCGAUGCUGCCGCGGCUGCAAGUGAUGUCACGGUGGUCAGGGCAAGGGAGAGUCGACAAGGAGCCGGGCGGCUUUUCUUUGAAAGGCAGCCGCGUGUUCGGCAGGCUGCCAGUAGUGUCUUUGCCUUCCGCAGGCUUCUUCGAGAGAGCCACCACAAUCUGCCUCCUUUGCAGCCAGAAGUGCACUACGAUGGCAGCUGCGUUCCACGCUGGCCGACCAACUCCAGUGGUCUGGCAUUCCUCUUGCACAUCUCCAAAAGCGGUGGCACAGCCUUGAGAGAGGUAUUGCAACGAGGGCCUGGCAUUGCAGGCUUUCUUUCAUGUUCUGUCCAUUUCAUUUCGCCCGUGCCUUUCGUUGAGCUUUUUGAUCGAAUCUGCAAGUGA